AUCUAUCCAUAUUUUGUAGUAUAUAGUAUAAUUAUAUAAUAUCACAUUUUGUGAAGUCAUCGUAAAACAAUUUGUUGAACUAUGCACAUAUUAACUUGCUCAUUACUAAUGCAUGAUGUCGAUCUGAAUAAAAUUCUUUUUUGCCAUACCCUGUAUUUGUGAACAACUUUGACCAUCAGUGAAUAAAUAUCAAGUUAAGGUACUUUUUUUUAAGGGGGUAAAAUCAUCGAAUGACUGCUCCCACCUGGGUGAGGCGGGAGGGAGUGUCAGACUCUUACUGACUAAAAACCACCCCGUUCCUUCUCCUGCACGUCGAGCCGGAGCCCCGGUAACCCGUUAG